AUGGAGCACCUGCCCCUGCCGAACACCCUGGAGACCCAGGAUAGCGCGCGCAAUGAUAUGCUGCGUGUGAAUGCCAUUGCAACGCAGGGUGGACAUAGACCGUCUGUGAACUCUUCAAUGAAUUCAGCAAGGCGCAGCAACAAGACGGACUCCGAGUCCAGCUUUGAAUCAAGCAGCGACGAUGAUGAUGAUGACGCGGGACUCUACCCGAAUGGCCAGAUUCCGUCAAACAGCCGUUUAAGACAGAAGCGCGUAAGCAACGCCUCCAUGGCCGACUUCUUCAAGCGGGAGCCAGCAGUUUCUCGCGUGUGGCUUUUCCUCGAAGAUCCCGACUCGGGCAAGGCAGCUUAUUGGUUUGCCGCACUGAGCAACUACUUUGUCUGCACCAGCAUCAUCUUUACGAUCUGGCAAGCUUCUUCCGGCCCACCUUUGUCCGGGCUUGCCGAGGGCAUUAUUCAGAUCUCCGUGGAGGUGUUGCUUCUGCUCGAGUUUGCCACUCGAUGGCUCGCAUCGUCUGGACCAAAGAGAGAUUUCGUGAAGAACCCGUACAACUUGAUCGACCUCGCGGCGUUUGUGCCCACAAUCGUCCGAUUAGCUUCCGGUAUCCGGACCCCAACUGCAGCUGAGAACCCAGCGGCGCACUAUCUCUUGGUGUGCUUCGUUCCUGUGAUACGACAGCUCAAACUCGUUCGCCGCUUCCAGAAAUUGCAACUUUUAUUGCAUGUGUUGACGACGGUCUUUGACGCCUUGAAGCUGUUGCUCUUUAUGGUGUGUUUAAUUGUGCUGUUUUUCGCCGCCGUGCUCUACAUCGUUGAGCCUAAUGAUGCCAUAGAUACGCUUCCGACAUCGAUUUGGUUGUGCAUUGUGACCGUGACCACCGUUGGGUACGGAGACGUGGCACCAUCAACGUGGCCCGGGCGAAUAGUGGCCGGAACACUUUGUUUCAUUAGCGUACUCUUCAUGGCCAUGCCGCUAUCCGUUCUGGGAAAUGCCAUGUCGCAAACAUGGGCAGAUCGACAUCGGAUCCUCCUCAUGACCCGCACACGGGCUCGCCUGAAAAACUUGGGUUACUCUGCGGAUGAUAUGCCCAAGCUUUUCAAGAAGUUUGAUACCGAUAACAAUGGCGAACUGGAAUUGGAGGAGUUCUGUGACCUCGUAGCUGCCAUGAAAGUGGGAGUGAAGCCUCACGAGGCAUCAGAACUGUUUAUGGCGUUCGACGAUGAUGGCAACGGCGGGAUUGAUGAACGUGAAUUCAUGAAAGCGCUUUUUCCACUGGACUAUCGGCGGAUGUACAGACGGGCCUCUGGCAUGACAUUUGGGACAUUUGCGGCAUGA